UACUACUUGUUAUAGUACCGCUGCUGCUGCUGCUACUACUUGUUAGUACCACCGCUGCUGCUGCUGUUAGAUAGUAUAGCUCGGUGUUUGUGAUUCACAAGUAGUAAACAUGGAAGUUGGUAGAUAGGGUAAUAUUUAUAUUUCACGUCAGUGACAGACAGACAAACAAACAACAAUCUCUCGACGCAAUCAUUCAUUUUAAAUCAAAAGACCAAAUUAAAACACCCCGCCUUCUCUCUACCAUCACAAACCAAAAAUUAUUAUAUCAAGUUUUUAAGGAAUCGCCAGUGCGUUAGUUAUGUCAUGGUGAUCUGUAGACAACUGUGUUGGCUUCACUAACUUUUUUGACUUUUUUUUUUUACCACUGCUGAAACUUUCCAAAAAAAACCGACAACAAAACUUAAUCAAAACCAUUUUUCCUCUCUCAACACAAACUAUGAGACCCGUUAUUGAAUUUAGGGAAUGUCUGAAAGACUCACCAUACUUCAGAGCUUCCCUCGAAGAUGCUGAAAAUGAUAUCGAACUACUGGAAGUUAGAUUGGAGAAGCUGGUGAAGCUUUGUUCCAGUAUGAUUGAGACAGGAAAAGCAUUUCAUACUGCAAGCAAUGGCUUUGUUGGAGGUGUGCGAGACCUUGGCCAGUAUUUCAAGGACGAUGAUUUGGCCUCUGAAGAUGCUAAAGUUGCUAAAUCCCUGACCCGUUUUGCUGAUGCUAUGACAGAAGUGAUGAAAUAUUUUUCAAUGUUGAUGGACCAAGCAAACAGAUCUGUUUGCAAAAAUAUUAACAAUUUUAUAAAACAGGAUAUCCGAAAAGUGAAAGAAGCAAAGAAAUAUUUUGAGAAAAUCAGUGAUGAGAUGGACAAUGCCUUGAUAAAAAACUCUAAUGCCCUUCGCAGCAAACCUCAGGAAUGUGAGGAUGCAACAAAUGGAUUGAUAGCUAUGAGUUCUGCUUUCGCACACAAUUCUUUGGACUAUGUUUACCAGAUUAAUGUUCUGCGAUUGAAGAAACGAUUUGAUGUCUUAGAAACUAUGUUAUCUUUCAUGAAUGCUCAAAAUACAUACUUUCAUCAGGGCCAUGACCUUUUCAUCGAUUUAGACCCUUAUGUGAAGAAUGUCAGAGACCAGGUGGAAGAGCUCAGUCGCAAAGCAACCGUGGAGAAGAAAGAAAUGGAGGAGCGCCAUGACCUCGUCAGGGAACAGACUUUCAAAAUAACCAAAAAAAUGCAGUCUGUGAAGGUUACCAAAAAACGGUGGAUGAGGAAACGAGCAAGCAAAGACUUUGGCAAAGUGGCUGACAAGCGCUUAUCAAUGGACACCAUUUAUGCUCUUAACGACGAGUUUAAUGAUGCGACCACAUUCUUCAAACAAGACACGAGAUAUAAUGGACGGAAAUCGUCUCUCUCCGCUUUGGUGCUAUUAUUUUGUACCAAGAAUCAGUCCUUCCCUACUGAAAACUUAGAGUUGGCAUCGAGUGCGCCUUUCCAAGCUGAUGACAGUGAUAAGAAAAUGGAAGGUUACCUCUUCAAACGCACGACCAAUGCAUUUAAAUCAUGGGUUAGGCGCUGGUUUGCCAUUCAAGACAAUCAGUUGGUUUAUCGGAAACGCUCCAAAGACAGCCAGACCAUAAUGGAAGAAGACCUACGUUUGUGUACCGUGAAACCUGUCUAUGAGAUUGACCGACGUUUCUGCUUUGAAGUUGUCUCCCCUGCAAGGUUUGUUCAUUUGUCUCCACAGAAAAAUGAGAACUAUGGAACUAGUGGUGGCGGCAGCAAUGUUCCUAAUAAUGAUGGUGGCAACUCUAACUCAAACUCUCCCUCGACACAGAACUCGAAACAGCAAAGCAAGUCUCAAUUACGUAUGAACCAGCUUCUAUCUAUACCUGGUAAUGACCGCUGCUGUGACUGUAACUCUCCCGACCCACGAUGGGCCAGUAUCAACCUCGGCAUAACGCUCUGCAUAGAAUGUUCUGGAAUACACAGGAGUUUUGGAGUCCAUAUGUCAAAGGUGCGGUCAAUAAUGCUGGAUGCCUGGGAACCAGAACUGUUGAAGGUCAUGGCAGAACUUGGCAACGACGUUGUCAACAGGACCUAUGAGAGCAAUGUAGGUGAAACAGUUGCUGCACAUGCAACUCCUGACUGCACUAGGGGUAUCCGAGAGGCAUGGAUAAGAUCUAAAUAUAUCCAGAAAGCCUUUGUUAGCAAAUUACCUGGUUUCAAAGAUAACAGCAGUGAAAAGAUCCAAAGUUGGAGUGUACGGAAGCGGACGAAAAGAUCUCCUGGUCGAUCUCUCAUCAAAGAUGAUAACUUAUCAACUUCUCAGCCAUCAGAGAAACUGGAAAAUUCUAGUGACUUAAUGAAAGCUGUUCUUUCAGUAUCCACGGCAACCUCGAAGGACAAUGGCAAUGGGCACCGGAAUUCAGAAGUUCUUGUGUUUGGCACCGAUGUAGAAUUACCUGAAGUGAACUCAAGUAAAUUUCUUGAUCUUGACCUGGACAGCUCUGAAGACUCCUCUACAGAAACUGAAGACACAGAAGAUGCCAAGUCAACAACUUCCUGGGAAGACAUGAGCAAGCUUGACCCAAACAUGUUAUUAUACAAGGCAGCACAAGCCCGUAACCUUCCAGUGAUGGUCGAAGCUUUAGCACACGGUGGGAAUUCAAAUUGGAUCAACGAAGAAGAUGAAGGGAAGACACCACUUAUGAAGUCAGUGGAAACGGGUUCUUUAGCUGCCUGUGAGUUUCUCCUGCUCAACGGUGCUAAGUUGGAUCGACGGGACCAGAAGGGAAGAACUCCCUUACAUCAUGCUACGAUACAUGGCUACACUGGGCAAGUAUGUCAGUUUUUGAAACGUGGUGCAGAUCGACAUGCCAAAGAUAAUGAAGGCAAGGAUGCUGAAACAAUUGCUAUCGAAGCCACUAAUGCCGAUAUAGUCACACUAUUGAGAUUAGCCCGAUUAAACGAAGAAAUGAGUACGGACGGUAUGUGUGAUGAAAUGUACAAUGAUGUGUUCCGAGACUUCAGUAACAUGGCUUCACACAAUCCAGAAAAGUUGAAACGGAAAUAGCGAAUUGUUUCUUCCAGUUUGCUCCAAGACAGGCAUGCAGUGACCAUAUAUAUAUAUAUAUAUAUAUAUAUAUAUAUAUAUAUAUAUAUAAUGUGCGUUUAAAUAUAUGUAUAUGUAUAUUUAAUGUAUGUAUAUAUGUGUAUGUAUAUAUAAUGUGUAUAUAAAUAUGUGCAUAUAUAUGUAUAUAUGUGUAUGUAUAUAUAAUGUGUAUAUAAAUAUAUGUGCAUAUAUAUGUAUAUAUGUGUAUGUAUAUAUAAUGUGUACAUAAAUAUAUAUGCAUAUAUAUAUAUAUAUAUAUGUAUGUAUAUAAUGUGUGUGUAUAUGUAUAUAUGCACACAUACAUGCACACACACUGAGGCAAACAAAUAUAUACAGAUGUGUGUAUAUAUGUAAAUAUAUAUAUACACACACAUAUACCCAUAUAUGUACAUAUGUGUAUAUGU